UGGCGGCGAAAUUGAAUUUUUAUUUAGUUUUUAUGCAUUUUCUACCGCGAUGACCCCGAUUUGAAAUUGAUGUAUAUCCUAUACACUUAAUACUUUCUAAUAAAGUAUCAAGCAUUCAGAAAUAAAAAUCAUCAAUCAAACAGUUGAACUUGAGGAUAGGAGGAGUGAACAGUAAGGAUGGAGAGAGUGGUUGCCCUUGUUGACAUGGACUGUUUCUAUGUGCAAGUAGAACAGAGAUACAAUCCGAGUCUGAAAGGCAAGCCGUGUGCUGUGGUACAGUAUAACCCCUGGAAAGGAGGAGGCAUCAUAGCUGUCAGUUAUGAAGCUCGAGCGUUCGGUGUGACUCGACAGAUGCGUGGUGAUGAUGCGAAAGCCAAAUGUCCGGCCAUCAAUUUAGUAAGGGUGCCCCAAGUCAGGGGCAAGGCAGACCUCACAAAGUACAGAGAGGGUGGAGCCGAGGUUAUUGAGGUGUUGUCACGCUUCAGUGACUGUGUGGAGCGUGCGAGCGUAGACGAGGCGUACAUUGACCUGACCGAUGAAGUUAACAAGCGAAUGGUCAAUCUGGGUCAGAGACCGGUCAGUCUGGGAGAUCUGCCUAACACACAUGUAGUGGGGCAUGAUAAGGAUAAAGAUGGUAAAGAUCAGUCUGACUGGCUUGGUCAGGCUUUUGAUCCUGACUGUCUUGAGGUACAUGACCAGCGUCUUGCUGUGGGUGCAGUGAUCGCAGAGGAAAUGAGGGCGGCUGUGUUUGAAGACACAGGAUUCAGGUGCUCAGCAGGCAUUGCUCACAACAAGAUUUUGUCCAAGCUAGCGUGUGGGUUCCAUAAACCUAACAAGCAGACAAUUUUGCCACACUCGGAGGUUCAAAACCUGUUCAUAACAUUGCCUAUCAGAAAAAUUCGUAGCUUGGGAGGAAAGCUGGGAGUUCAGGUUAUGGAACACCUGCAAGUGGAAAACAUGGCUGACCUCGUGCCGUUCUCUGAGAAGGCUUUACAGCAGUUUCUAGGGGAGAAAAAUGGAACGUGGCUGUACAACAUGUGCCGAGGUUUUGACAACGAGCCUGUCUCAGCACGACAGCUACCCAAGUCUGUCGGCUGUAGUAAGAACUUCACAGGGAAAAACUGCCUGGACACUCGAGAGAAGGUGAACUUCUGGUUGUCUGAGCUUGCCAAGGAAGUGGAGGAGAGGCUGAAGAAAGACAAGCAAAAUAACAAGCGAACAGCACGGACAUUAACCCUGUCAGUGCGAUACGAGGCCAAACCAAAGCCCCAGUCUGCCUCCCGAGUUUGUGCCCUCAUGCGAUACGACGCCCUGAAGUUCACAGAAGACGCUUUUGCCCUGGUAAAGCAGUUCAACAGCUGUCCUCCUCACCAAGCUGCUUGGUAUCCACCCAUCAUCUGUCUAGGCUUAUCAGCUGGGAAGUUCCAGGAUGACAACAGCUGUAGCACAACCACCAUAGGUGACAUGUUUGCCCGGACAGAGAAAAUGGCAUCUCAAACUACACAGGGUACAGGACCAGAGUUGUUAUCUUCGCAGGCAAUAAAUGUGGACCAGCCUAGUCAAACCACUUGUAUGUCACAGGUCUGUGAUUUUGACUUUGCGAGUCAAAAAACUUCAUUUAAGAAGGCCUAUUCUGAUCAUGGGAAUAUAAAUAACUUCUUCAAAACUGUGAAUCAGAAAGAUUCCACAGAAAACUGUGAACUUUUUGUUGAAAGUAAAUGUUCAACCGGAAUAGUAGAUACUCCAGGCUCUGAUCAAGCCGAUACUGAAAUUUCCCAUGUUAGUGAUAAGAAAAUAAACAACAAGUGUACAAGUGAUAGUUCAAACUCUAUUAAGUCAUUUUUCAAGAGAAAACAACUGGGACUUUCAAUAGCUUUACAGCCUUGUGGUGAUGACAUUAAACAAAAAAGUAAUGUUGAAAAACUAAAAACUAAUGAAAGUGUUCAGAAAACUGGAACACAAAGAAACAAAUACUUGUUUAGCGAGAAUUCGCAGGACAAAAGUAUAACUUCACAACAAGCUGACAUUGAAGAAUCUGUAGUUACUAUAUUGGAUGAUUGUGGUGGAAUAGGUUUGACUAAUCCAUUAACUGACACUUUGGGAGCUGACAAUCGUGAUAGAUUCAAAGCCAGUUCGACAUACUGUGAUAGAGUUGAAGCAGGUCUGACAAAUGGUGAUGGAGUUGAAGCAGGUCUGACAAAUGGUGAUGGAGUUGAAGCAGGUCUGACAAAUGGUGAUGGAGUUGAAGCAGGUCUGACAAAUGGUGAUGGAGUUGCAGCAGGUCUGACAAAUGGUGAUGGAGUUGAAGCAGGUCUGUCAAAUGGUGAUGGAGUUGCAGCAGGUCUGACAAAUGGUGAUGGAGUUGCAGCAGGUCUGACAAAUGGUGAUAGAUUCAAAGCCAGUUCAACAUAUUUUGAUAGAGUCACAGCAGGUUUGACAAAUGGUGAUAGAGUCACAGCAGGUCUGACAUAUGGUGAUAGAGUCACAGCAGGUCUGACAUAUGGUGAUAGAGUAGCAGCAGGUCUGACAAAUGGUAAUGGGGUCACAGCAGGUCUGGCAAAUGUUGAUAGAGUCGCAGCAGGUCUGACAAAUGAUUAUGGAGUUGCAGCAGGACUGACAAAUGUGUCUGUUUGUGAUGCCGAUUAUGUGCAAUGUGAAAAGUGCAGUAUGAAGAUCUCGGUGUGGGAGAUGCCAGAACACAUGGAUUUUCACUUUGCUCUGGAACUACAAAAAGACUUGAAUACUUCUGACAGACUGGUGUUACCUAGCAAAACAAAUGUUCAAAACAAUGGCAAGAGAAAAUCUGAUCAGGCUUCUCAAAAUGUCACAAAGAAAGCAAAAAGGACGAGCAAUGCUGCGAAUCAGGGAAAAUUGGAUUCAUUUUUUGUAAAACACAAUUGAAAUAUGAUACCAGAGCUCCAGAUAAGGUAUUAGGGAUAAGGGAAUUUUACACCCAGAUUUUUUCUAAGAGUAGUUAUUGAAGUGUCAAAAGUAUUUUUCAAUGAAGAUAUUUUAUCAACAAAUAUCAAAAGGAAUGUAAAAGUCUGUUUUAGGUAUUAUUUCAUGAUAGGAAAUAGUAGAUAGUUAUAGCUAAACCAGUUGCUAAAAAAUUUAAAAAAAACUUAGACAAUGAACUUUCCUUAAAAACUAUAAUAUAGGAUACGGUAAUGUCAAGUGAAGUGAACACCGUCUUGAAUUUGUUGCUCUCAUCUCUCAAAGACCCUAAUGGCUUUAUAGUCUACAUGCUGUUACAAAUGCCAAACAAAACGAAGGCAAAUUUCACUAUGUCCAAUGCUUGUUGAUAACGCAUAGGUUCUAAAGUAAGUCAAUUGUGUUUUAUAAUUUAAAUGCAUAUUUAUUAGUUGAGCUCCUUAUCUGGAACUCUGUGAUACAGUGCUAUCAAAACAACAUUGCAUACUGAUAUAAC